ACGGUGUUAGCUAGCUGUGAAUUGCAAGUGAGGAGUGAAGGUGGAGCGUCAUGGCCCAGCUUCCUAAAGAAAAAUAUGACUUCCAAAAAUUUAAAGAAAGAAAAGCCCAACAGAUGCAGCUUCAGGCUCGGCAGCCCAGUUCCCCCCACCACUGAACCAGGCCCGCUCCCACGUGAAGGAGGAGGAAAGAAGGAGCUUCUCUCAGAAGAGGAUUCAGAAGUUCAAGACUCAAGUGGAGGAAGGUGGAGAGGAAAACGAUUCCCAAAGGAGCCUUAGAGACUUUCAGAGUGAGGAAGAUGACGAGGAAAUCUCACAACAGAAGAGUACUGACCCCGCUGUGCACAGAGAUAAAGCGUUUCCAGCCUUUUUUUGCACAUCUGAAGACUUUGAGUGAGAGGUGUGAGAGUUGAAGAAGAGGAAGAAGACCAGGACAUUGAAAAAAGCAGAAAAGAUCACGAGUUCCAGUUUCAUUUGGCAUCGCCCUUUCUUUAGUCUUCAAUCGCGCCAGAGAGACCGAGGCUCAGGUGGCUUAACUCAUGAACUGUGAACCAUGCACAUCAAAGAGGAAGAGGAGAAAGAAGGGGGGGGGGUGUACCCCGGACAGAAAAGAGGGAAAGACUGAGAUUGUGAAUGAAAGCUAAGGGGAGCAAGAGGAUCAGGAGAGAGGGAGGAGAUGGAGGUUUAGUGGCUGUGGGUAUUCAAAGCACAGUUUUCACUGUGAGAGAGUGACUUACUGAACAGGGUGUCUGUCUCUGUGCCUCUCAGUCAGCUUAAAGCAGCGCUGCGCUAUGCUCAACAGGAACCCCCCUCUUCGUUUUUCUUGCCUUUUCUUUUUUCCUCUCCACUUGUCUCGCUGUCUUUUGCUCUUUUUUUUUCCUGUUCUUCCUCAGACCACUGUGUGAGCUUCUUGUUAUUAUUUUGUCUCUGUCUUGAAGCCCCUUUUCACCCAGAUCUCAAUACCGUACACUCCAACCCCCUCCUCUUCCUCUCUCCCUCCCUCUCUCUUUCCCUUGCCUUGUUUCCCUGUUUCUCUCUCUCUCUUUCUCUCUCUCUCUCACUCUCUCACUCACUGUGAGGAGGGAAAACAGCAUCAACGGCCGAGCCACAGUAACAGCACAUGCAACAGGGUGCAUACAGCACCUUCUGCUUCGCCACCUCUCCUCUCUGACUCUCAUACCUCCCAGAGGAAGGCUUACAGAGAAGAAAAGAAGAGCACAGGAGUGCAGCCGUACUGGUGAAGAUCUGCUGUCCCACGUCUUAUGAUCAAGAGAUCAGAAGAGGGAGGGGGGGGAAAGUGAAAGAAACAGGUGCAAAGGAGUCGGAAAUUUCUCUCGCACCAUUUCCUGAGCUGAGAAGAAGACUUAAAGACAAAGUAGAGACACAAAGAUUGGAAAAAGAAAAAUAGACUAGUUCAGCUGGAAGCAGAGUUUAACAUGAAGUGAAGAUGCCACCUGUGGCUCUAGUUUGAUUAAAGAACAGCCUCCUAGACUCAGUGUGGCUGCCCUACUUCCCACAUCUCUUUGACCAAAUUUUAACACCAAAUGGCUUCCAAGAAGAAGUGGGCUGAGCGGAGGGAGUUGCGCAGGGAGCGGCCGUUCUCCACCCGGGAUGAUUCAUCUGUUGCGUCCGGGACAUCUGGGCCGGGGCGUCCCACCACCAAGGGACGUUUCUCAGAGUCGUGGAAAAGGCUCAGCUCCAGAGGGGGGUCUACCAAGAGGGGGGUGCUCAACUCUCAGCAGCCACCGGCACAGAAAUCGUGGAUAGAAAGAGCGUUCAGCAAGAGAGAAUGUGUUCAUAUCAUAGUGAGCGCCAAAGACCACCAUAGGUGCUGUUGUGGUCGUCUGAUAGGUCAGCAUGUGGGCAUGCCCCCAGGCAUCCCAUCCAGUCAGAAUGACAGGGCAGAGCGUCUGGCCAAGAAUGACAGCCUGUCAGAGAAGUGGUCAAUCAGCAAACACACACAGCUCAGCCCCACCGAUGCCUUCGGCACCAUUGAGUUCCAGGGAGGAGGACACUCCAACAAAGCCAUGUACGUGCGAGUGUCUUAUGACACCAAGCCUGACCUGCUGCUCCACCUGAUGACCAAGGAGUGGCAGCUGGAUCUGCCCAAGCUGCUCAUCUCAGUCCACGGGGGCCUGCAGAACUUUGAAUUACAGCCCAAACUCAAGCAGGUCUUUGGCAAAGGGCUCAUCAAGGCUGCCAUGACAACCGGAGCCUGGAUCUUCACUGGAGGGGUCAACACAGGGGUGAUUCGCCAUGUGGGUGAUGCACUGAAAGACCACGCCUCUAAGUCAAGAGGGAAGAUCUGCACCAUUGGCAUUGCUCCUUGGGGCAUUGUAGAAAAUCAGGAGGAUCUUGUUGGCAAAGAUGUGGUGCGUCCAUACCAGACCAUGUCCAACCCAAUGAGCAAGUUGACGGUUCUGAACAGUCUCCACUCCCACUUCAUCCUGGCAGACAAUGGCACCACAGGAAAGUACGGCGCUGAGGUCAAACUGCGACGCCAGCUGGAGAAACACAUCUCCCUGCAGAAGAUCAACACACGUAUCGGUCAGGGUGUGCCAGUGGUGGCUCUGAUUGUAGAGGGAGGCCCUAACGUGAUCUCCAUAGUGCUGGAGUACCUCAGGGACACACCUCCAGUCCCUGUGGUGGUGUGCGAUGGCAGCGGCAGAGCCUCAGACAUCUUGGCCUUUGGACACAAAUACUCUGAGGAGGGAGGCAUAAUUAAUGAGUCUCUAAGAGACCAGUUGCUGGUGACCAUCCAGAAGACUUUCACUUACAGCCGCACACAGGCCCAACAUCUGUUCAUCAUACUCAUGGAGUGCAUGAAGAAGAAGGAGCUGAUAACAGUUUUCCGGAUGGGGUCAGAGGGUCAUCAGGACAUUGACCUUGCUAUCCUCACUGCAUUACUCAAAGGUGCCAACGCGUCAGCUCCUGACCAGCUGAGUUUGGCUCUGGCAUGGAACAGAGUCGACAUUGCCCGCAGUCAGAUCUUCAUCUACGGACAGCAGUGGCCUGUUGGUUCCCUGGAGCAGGCAAUGCUGGAUGCCUUAGUUCUGGACAGAGUGGAUUUUGUCAAGCUGCUGAUUGAAAAUGGAGUCAGUAUGCACCGUUUCCUCACACUCUCCAGACUGGAGGAGCUUUACAACACGAGACAUGGACCGUCCAACACGCUGUACCACCUUGUCAGAGAUGUCAAAAAGGGAAACCUGCCCCCGGACUACCGCAUCAGCCUCAUCGACAUUGGACUGGUCAUUGAAUACCUUAUGGGCGGAGCAUACCGUUGUAACUACACCAGGAAGAGAUUCAGGACUCUAUACCACAACCUCUUCGGACCAAAGAGGCCCAAAGCCCUGAAACUGCUGGGGAUGGAGGAUGACAUGCCGAUCCGCAGAGGCCGUCAAAAAACGACACGUAAACGAGAAGAGGAGGUGGACAUCGAUUUGGACGACCCAGAAAUCAACCACUUCCCCUUCCCCUUCCAUGAGCUGAUGGUGUGGGCUGUGCUUAUGAAACGUCAGAAGAUGGCUCUGUUCUUUUGGCAGCACGGCGAAGAGGCCAUGGCCAAGGCCUUGGUAGCCUGCAAGCUCUGCAAGGCCAUGGCACAUGAAGCAUCUGAGAACGACAUGGUGGACGAUAUCUCCCAGGAACUAAACCACAACUCCAGAGAGUUUGGCCAGCUGGCAGUGGAGCUCCUAGACCAGUCCUAUAAACAGGACGAGCAGAUGGCCAUGAAGCUGCUGACUUACGAGCUGAAGAACUGGAGCAACGCCACCUGUCUGCAGCUGGCGGUAGCGGCCAAACAUAGAGAUUUCAUCGCUCACACCUGCAGUCAGAUGCUCUUGACCGACAUGUGGAUGGGACGCCUGCGCAUGCGCAAGAAUUCAGGCCUGAAGGUAAUCUUAGGGCUUCUUCUGCCGCCGUCCAUCCUGAGCCUGGAGUUCAAGAACAAGGAUGAGAUGUCCUACAUGCCCCAGGAUCAGGAGGCCUACCUGCAGGAGAAGGAGGAAGAGGAGCCUGAGAAACCAGUCAAGGAGAAGGAGGAGGAAGACAUGGAGUUCACAGUAAGAUCUUACUGUGAGACGCAGUACAACUCCGUGGCAAUGCUGGGUAAAGUAACCACAGAGACAUCCAGGAAGAAGGAUGUCGAGGAGGUUCAGAAACGCCACCGCCUCAUCCCCAUGGGUCGCAAGAUCUACGAGUUUUACAAUGCUCCUAUUGUCAAGUUCUGGUUCCAUACGAUGGCAUACGUGGGCUACCUGAUGUUGUUCAACUACAUCGUUCUGGUCAAGAUGGACCUGUGGCCUUCUCCUCAAGAGUGGAUUGUCAUCGCUUACAUCUUCACCAAUGGCAUUGAGAAGAUGAGAGAGAUCCUCAUGUCAGAGCCUGGGAAGUUGUUACAGAAGGUGAAGGUGUGGCUUCAGGAGUACUGGAACAUCACAGACCUCAUGGCCAUCCUCAUAUUCUCCGUCGGCAUGGUUCUGCGUCUCCAGGAGCCACCGCUCAUGAGCUACGGGCGGGUUAUCUAUUGCGUCAACAUCAUUUAUUGGUACAUCCGGCUGCUCGACAUCUUUGGGGUCAACAAGUACCUGGGUCCCUAUGUGAUGAUGAUUGGCAAGAUGAUGAUCGACAUGAUGUAUUUUGUGAUCAUCAUGUUGGUGGUGCUGAUGAGUUUUGGGGUGGCCCGGCAGGCCAUCCUCAACCCUAAUGAAGACCCAUCCUGGAUGCUAGCAAGGAACAUCUUCUUCAUGCCUUACUGGAUGAUCUACGGAGAGGUGUUUGCCGACCAGAUUGACCCACCCUGUGGGCAGAACAUCACUACAGAGGAUGGGGUGGUGGUGGCCCUGCCUCCCUGUAAGACAGGUGCCUGGAUUGUCCCGGCCAUCAUGGCCUGCUAUCUGCUGGUGGCCAACAUACUGCUGGUUAAUCUACUCAUAGCUGUGUUCAACAAUACAUUCUUCGAGGUGAAGUCCAUCUCCAACCAGGUUUGGAAGUUCCAGCGUUACCAGCUCAUUAUGACCUUCCAUGAGCGUCCAGUCCUUCCUCCACCCCUCAUCAUCUUCAGUCACAUAACUAUGGUCCUCAAGCACCUCUGUUGUCGCUGGCGCAAGCAUGACGAUGACGAGAGGGACUAUGGACUGAAGCUUUUCAUCACGGAUGAUGAGCUGAAGAAAGUCCAUGACUUUGAGGAGCAAUGCAUCGAAGAGUACUUCAGAGAGAAAGAUGACCGAUUCCACUCCUCUAAUGAUGAGAGGAUCAGAGUCACUUCUGAAAGGGUGGAGAACAUGGCAAUGCGUCUGGAGGAAGUCAAUGAGCGGGAACACUUCAUGAAGGCCUCACUGCAGACUGUUGACAUUCGUCUGGCCCAGAUGGAGGAGCUGAUUGGAAGAAUUGCCGUAGCGCUGGAGCGUGUGACAGGUGUUGAGCGUGGGGAGGUCAACAAAGUACGUUCUCGGACGUCAUCUGACUGCACAGACUCGGCAUACAUCCUCCGCCAGGGUGAGUGCCCCGAAGCUGCGUACAUCCUUCGUCAAAGCAGCUUCAACAGCACAGAAGGGAACGCCUACCGCCUGCAGGAGGCGCUGGAGGGAACAGCUGAGGGCUCCAUGUCCCCUCCUUCUCCUACUAGCAUGGCUACACGGACAAGGAGUCAUUCAUUUUAUGUUGGAGGCGGUCGUGGUGGUGAACGCGCAAGUGGAGCUGAACGAGCUGAGAGCUUCUUCAAAGAACGCUCACUUAGUCUCCACCGAGCCAACAGCUCACAAUCUGUGUCCUCAGCUGCCGCCCCCAAGGAGUCUAAGCCCCUCCCCCUGGCGACGCUGUCGGUCUCCCAGCAGCACCGUCCAUCAUCAUGCAUUGAUAUCUAUGUCUCAACUUCUGAGGAGGUGGGGCCUGCGGAGGUCUUUCUGGAUCCUCUCCGUAUGGUCCCACCGCUCCAGAGAGACUCCUCGCUGCAGUCAGAUAUCAUGGAGACGGUGCUGCCAGGAGGCCGGGACUUUGGCGGCGCUGCCACCAGCGGUUUGGGCGACAGGCACUCGGAGGGCGGUGCAGGCAGCAGCGGAACAGCCGGAGCCAUGUUUGACGAUAGUGCAGCUGCUGACUUGUCAUUGUGCUCAGCCCACCUCUUACCAGACACCACCUUACCUCCUUGGGACAUGGAACCAUCCCCGCCUCCCUCAGCAGGGCUGCUCGAGCGCUCCAAGAGCAGCCGCUACCUCUCUACGGCAGGCACAGCUUUCCUGGAUGAGCCUCCUUUGGUCAAGUCCCACAGCCUCAUGUUCACACCAAGAGGCUGCUACGGUGCACUAGGGGCAGCAGGAGUCCAGGUAAAAGCUGCAGAGUACACCAGCAUCACUGACUGCAUCGAUACACGCUGCGUCUCAGCUCCAUACACCCCUGCAGAACGCUCACACUCUCCUGGAGGAUCCACCUCAUUCCCCUUUGAUAAGCCGUCAGACAUUGGCUCCUCUCACCCAGAGAGAGAGGCAGAGCUUAGUCACACAGAGUCCGAUCCAGAGGACCCUGAGGACCUGAUUCCAGCCCCAGAUACCCCUCGUUUAGGGGGCCUUGGCGGGCCCGGCGGGGCCCCUCUCUGCUCCCCCUUCUCCAGGCUGGAGCGAGCAAACAGCUGCUCCUCAGACGACUCCCAUCCUUCCCUCACGCUGGCCCCUCCGCACCGGAAGAGCCUGUCGGUGAGUGAGAGGAUGGAGAGGGGACCGGGUCUGGGGGCAGAUAGGGGGCCUGGGCCGGGGGGGCGGGGUCUGGCGGGAACCAGAAACCCCUUCCUCAGGAGCAAGUCUGGUGCACGGCCUGAAACAGCCAAGACUGACAGCCUCUCCAUGAGGAAGUUGGCUACUCCAUCAGCUUUCCGCAGCUUUGAUAGACAAAACUACACGUGACAAGGACACUGGUCAGCACACUCACACACUGACAGGACCAGGGAAGAAAAGUGAAAAAGCAAUGGGCAAAAAGUGAAAACAGGGUGAAGUUGCCCAUAGAUCUUGAUCUGGACCAGAUCUACGGUUUUUUCACUUACGUUUUAGGUUAGUAAAGGUGAUAAAAGUUGAUUCAUAGUCAGUGCUGGAGGGCAACUUUACCCUGGAUGAGGAGCUGGGGGAUGGGGAUGGGGAUGGGAGAGGUUGGGGUCCUACUGUACACCUGUCAAAAACAAAGAGCUAUGACUCUAGACUAGUUUUUACCUCCUCUUGUAGCUAAGUAACUCUCAAUGGGGUGUUCUGGCAAUGGAAGGUGUAUUUGUACUGUAUGUCUUCCACCCACCACCUUUUACGUAGACAUCUGUCACUGUGUUACAUCACAUAUCAAUCACGUUAGUCAAAGAAAGUAUACUGUUACUCUUAGCUGCGUUAUAUGGUAGAAACUGUCAGAUGUGAGAGACAAAGAGAGAGAAGAAAGAAAACAUCCAUCUCAUUUUGUCUCAGCACAGAGAUCAUUAAUGUCACUCAGCCUUCGCUUUAUAUACAAUUUCCUCUCUUCAUAUAAUCCACCCUCUAAGACCCCAGCACUAGCAAACAGAAAGAAGUUUUUAUUUCUGGCUGCUUCAUAAAAGAAUCAGUCAAGUGUUUGGAACCAUCGGGAACUAUUUCCCCUCUUGGUUGCACUGGAAACGAUUGGUGUAACAUGGCAACAACUUACCUCUGGAUACACAAAUACACCUUUCAAAUAGUCUUUUUUUUUUCAUUUUUCAAAGGAACUCUGUCUUUUGUUCACAUAUUUUAUCAUAGAUAUUUGUCUGUAAACUAAAACAUCUACAAAACUUUUUAAAACAUUUUUUAUUAUUCAGCUCAGCUAGAAACAGAAAGCAGUGUUUAAACAAACAGUGAAAAGGUCAUUUCUUUAUCAUGUGUCUCCAGUCAUGGCUGUCGACUGUCAGCAACCUGUACCUGCAGUAACUGGAGCAGUAAACACUUGGGUAAAUUAGCCACGUGAUAAGAGUGAGAGGCAGUUAUCAGGAGAAAGUGAGAGAGAAAAUGUGACAUGACAGUAUCCAGUGUUUUACAGCUCAUGCUCAGGGCAUAGCACUGCGUCGAGGCAUGGCUCUGUAACAGGAAACGAUGCUUUGAGAGCCAAUGCAUAAGGAAGGAAAGGAGGUAGAAGAGUUAUAUAAAGUGCAUGUAGACAUUCACAUCCAUAUUUACAUGUUGACACACACACACACACACACACACACACACACACACACACAUACACAUACACACCAGGAAAUAAACUCAAGUUCAGACCCGAUCCCAGAGAGGUUUAUCAAGUGCAAUUGCAAAAAACGGGGGCAAGAGGGCGCUGUGAGCCUAUUUCAGAAGCAACGCUUGCUGGGUGAACCUGAUGUGAACCUUCUUUGCCUGCACCUGACACCAAAAAUCAUUCCACUCAACGAAUUGUUGCUCUCUUGCAACCCAGGUCUCCUCCUUCAGGUUGAAAUGGUUUUACAUCCACCUACAACUAAUGGAUCCGUCCUUCAUUUAUUCCUUAACUGUCAUUCAUUUGCUUUUCACCUUUAUUUUUUUUUUUUUAGAUUGUUUUCAAAGCCAGCCACUGCAAAAGGAGACUUUUAAAAAAAGCAAUUGCCUGAUGACUCUAUGUCAUGACUCUAAAUCAUACACAGGUCAAUAAGAGGAUGCUGAACAUUUUCAGUUAAGAGCUAAUUUACAUUUUUAAAAAGCUUGAAAAUAAGCUGUCGAGUAUAUGCAUUCUAGCCGAGAUAUAGGAAAGGCAUGGAUUUUAAGUGACAUAAAGGAGGAAACAUGAGGUCAUUAUGAGUAUAAGAUGAAAGCCAGAUCAGUGUUUUUAAAAAAAUUCUCUUUUUUUAAUUUUUAUUUUAAUGAAAGAAGUCUGGGGGGAAGAAGAUGCCCUUCUCUGAUAGCUUUUUAAAGAUAAGAAGUUGAAAUUAAUAGAAUUCUUACUGAUUUUUUUUUUAUGUUUGUUUUAUAUUUCAUCACUAUUACAAUUCAGUUUAAUCAUGUUGCAAUUAUUUUGAGAUUGAUUCUAUUUAUUGACAUUUUCUCGCUCAUUACUGAUAAUUACAGUAAAUGCCUGUUUGAAUUACAAGAUUAAUAUUUAUAUCUUCUCAGUGAUAUUUUUGUCGAAUUUUAAGUAUUUUCUAAUUAAGCUUUUAAAUUGAAUAAAAGAUGACCAUCUACAUGCACUAAAUGCUGAUGUAUUAUAUUAUUUAUUAAAUAUAGAACUGUCUGAUAUACUGUACAUUUCAAUCAUAUUUAAAGUAUUUACAGUUGUUUUUAUUGUAUGUUUUAUCAAGCAGCUUAUGAGAAUUUUCUAAUGUAAAGUUGACACGGCAAUACACGGUUGCCAGUAUACCAAACUUAGGGUGCCUUCUGGGCAUGGAUGGAGUAUGUGAGGACUGAAGUGAUUCAGAUAUCUGUGAAAUUUCUCAUUUUUUGUUUUUUUUUCACUAAUCAUAGAGCCCAUAUAUCAGUGAUUAUUUUCAACAUGUUGCAUAAACAUUUGUUUUUCUCUUCAAACACAUCUGAUGUACAGAGUGGGGGGUUGUUGUUGUUGUAAUUAGCAAACUGUAUUGUUGCUUGUAUGAAUAUUUGAAUCCACCAAAACACAUAAACGAUCUGAAUGAGGAAAAUAGUUUCAUAGCUGAAGAAAAUAACUAUUUGCACAUGAAACUGAGAGAUAACCGUGAGGAUACAGCAUCACCAUGAGGUUGAUACUGUUACAGUAACUGAACGAUUUAACUUAUUUCUGUGUCACAACCCAAUCUGUCUGACAAUCCAGUCUCUGCAUAUGUCUGCUAUCUCUGACCCAAACUUUAACCUGAGCCCACUAAUCACAACUCCAAAAUAAACUACAUUGUGGCUACACGCACCAUAGAUUGGGAAGUAAUUUAAAGUACCUGUGAGAUGAUGAGUUGGGUGUUGAAGCCCUGAAAAGGAUCAGAUUUUUUAGUUUUCCUCACCAAAUAUAUAGGUUACAGUAUGUUUUGGUGAGAAAAGGUUGACCCCAAGUCAAUGCUCAGGGACAACACCAGUGAUGCAAGGCAGUAAGUAUAUUGUGGAAUCAUUGUGAAAGGAAAGAAAGAUGCAAAGAGAAAGAGAGAUCUGAAUUUGUCUUCAGAAGAAGGUUUCUAGUAUAAUCACUGUGCUUUACAAGUCUAACCUAGAAUCUUUGGGAACUGUAGGGAAAUCUGUAUAUUUUCUUGCUUUAUGGCUUCAGAAAUGGCAAUAGAAUAUGAAUGAAUGUCUUCAUACCUGAUUGACAGGCUCCUAAUUCAGUCACAGGAGUUUCAGCUCCAAACAACAAGGAGGGAUUUUUUUUUAAAAGAGAAUUAUGUAUUGAAAGAGAGGGCUGUGGUCACUCACACUUGAACCAAACCAAACUUUGCCAAAGCAAAUGGAAAGAAGCUAAGUUGUGCUCUACUGACCUGUUGUCUACACAGCGGUGGCAGACAAGGGUUAACCAAGCAAGGGUCGUAUAGCUCGACUCAGUUUUGUACGGCUAAGUAUGAAAACAGAUGACUGUGUCGGGGUUGUAGGUUUAGGCCCUCCUAUUUGAUCUAUUGAAGUAGGAAAAUUCAAGUUCACUUAAUCCUUAUAGUAAGGUACAUGAUAUUGCAUACAUGUUCGUGGCACUUCUAAAUUCAUGUGUACAUGAUUCUAUAGAUGGUUUUGUGAUAUGUUGACAUGGCUGUUGUGCAAGGUAUUGAUAGCUCAAAUCUAAAGAUGGAGGUGUGUGUGUGCGUGUGUGUGUGCAUGUGUGUGUGUGUGCGUGCGUGCGUGUGUGUACAUUAACUGCGUGUGGACCCCAACAUGUGGACGAUAUUAAUAACAGGGAGGCAUGCCAACACAACACAAUCCAACAGAAUCUCAGUGUACAGUAUUUUUACAAUAUUUUCGUAUACUGUAGCUUACAGUUUUGUGGAACCAUGAGCAUAUGACGAUAAUCAAUAAUAAAUAAAUAAUAACAGAUCUGCUUCCCUUCUAUGACAACCUGUGACUCGUAAGUUAGAGAAGUUCAUGCACAUGUUGUUUUGUUUUUUUUUUCUGCAAUAAUUGCUAAUGUUGUGCUUUUACAACUGAAAGGGACUUACCCCCCUGCUGGUCACACUUUAUUUAAUGUUGUUUAAAUGCAUGCAGUUCUUCCACUCAGAGUGUACAGAGACGACCUGUAAAGAUGACAGAGAGAAAGAUAGAGAGAGAUUAUAAUAUGAAAUCAAAGUAGUGAGUAUUUGGAUGCAAAUACAAAUCUGUAUUCUUCAAUGUGAAUAGGAUCAUGUCUGGCAUGCAUUGUUAAAUAAACAAUUAAAUAGAUUGGUA